AUGUCUCUGUGUAAAUCUUUUGGCAAGGACAAAGUGAUCUUUGCAACAAAAGAAGAUCAUUCCACUCCUAGCACAGUUGAGCUGCCUCCUCCUCAACCCCAGCCAGGUUUGAUUUCUGAAGCUGGUGAAAUCAACUGGGGAUGUCCGUGUCUGGGUGGAAUGGCUACAGGACCGUGUGGUGUUGAGUUCCGUGAUGCAUUCUCUUGCUUCCAUUACAGUGAAGCAGAUCCUAAAGGAUCAGAUUGUUAUGAUGCAUUUAAGACGAUGCAGGAUUGCUUUACAAAAUAUCCUGCAGUUUACAAUAAGAGUGGCGGUGCUGAUGAUCCUGAUGAUAACGACAUGGAUUUGCCAGACAUUGAGGGAAUGGGUGAAACUCCUGAAAAUUCUACACCAUCCAAUGAAGUCGAGAAAAAAGAAAACUGAGUGUUAUCCUUAGAUUAAGAAGUUUUUGUUACCAAAAGAAGUUACAGAAUUAAAAUGUAUUAUAAGUAGGAACAAUUUGA